AUGGGCGCGCCGCCUACGGUCGCCCCUAUGACGUCCGGCGCCGCUCCUACGGUCGACGAAGAGGGCUUCAUCACUGUACGUCACCGCACGAGACGCGGCGGCCGCAAGCGUGGUCCCGCCGCACCCUCGCUUGCCGCGCAGGAGGCGAGCCGCGCUGCCGCACUCCAUGCGGUUUCUGCGGACGUAGCCAACCGCGCCGCCGCCGCAACCAAAGCACCAGCACCUGCACCAAUUCUAAGAACGGCACCGCCUCCGCGCUCGCGCACCAGGUCCCGCGCGCGCCGACCUCAAAUUAAAGAGGCGUUGGCGGCAAUAGCUAAUAUCCUCCAGGCUGUGCAGGCCGGGGACAAUCCAGCCCCGCUCUUCAGGAGAGCGGCAUCGGCCCUCAAGGGCCCUACCCGAGGUCGCAGUCGCAGAUAA